CACGUGUAGCUUGUCUCAAUAUCCAGUAAGUUGUCUGUGUAGACAACAUUUGUAGGCAUGACAGGCACGCGCAGCAUUUUUAACGGAGCUGACUCGGGAACGCGCCCAUGAUGCCCACAAGUGCUGCCCACGUAGACAGUUCAGCGCGUUUGAGACGCAGCGCUUUAGCAGCAGAAAGUUUCCUUCUGGAUGUCAUUCUGCUCACAGCAUUGAUUUGAAGAGUUCACGCUGCUUGUGGAGUAUGAUAUGUGUGCUCAUUCUAACCGAGCCGUUACUUUGACGACACGAGCUCUGGACAGCUUUGGGAAUGAUGAUCGGUAACGAGCGGAGCUCACAGACAUCCAAGCCGCCUCCUCCAGCCUCACCUGCGGCUUUACCGCUCAGCGCGUCCCGCAGAAGAUUCUCCCGGGUCGGGAGGAAACACAGCAAUGGAUCCGUCCAGUCCAGCUCAUCCAGCGGCACGGGCAGAUCUACGGAGAGCGUGGGAAUCCGCCAGCCAGCGAAGAACAAGAUCCGGCGUCACCAGCACCGUCUGUCGGCGGUGUUCGGCCGCGGGCCCAGAGCAGGUUCUGGAGAGAUGGCCGCUGAGGGAGAGGACGCACUGGUGACAGACGACCCCUCCGAACUGUCCAAUCACAUCACAGCUCCAGGCAUUCUAAAGAUAUUUGGCACGGAGAUCUGUGAAGGAGCCAACUACAAGAGCGUACUGGCCACGACACGCUCCAGUGCCAGAGAGCUGGUUAAAGAGGCACUCGCCAGAUACUCCCUGAGCAAAGAAGACGCUGAUGACUAUGUGUUAUGUGAUGUGAUCGGCUGUAUUGGAAACCAGUGCUGGAGGACCGAAUGUGUUCGUGUGGUGGGAGACAAUGAGAAGCCGCUGCUGCUGCAAUCGCUCUGGAAACCCAAAGAAGGAUUCGCUCGACGCUUUGAGAUCCAGCACAAAGCCACUGUAGAAGAAAACAACUCUAAAGACCAGGACACUGUGACCGCUGGUAUAAACGCACAGGCACGUAAGCUGCAGAAGACGCGCUGCAGAGGGAAAUCCGUGCCGCUUGACGUAUGCAUGAGUGACGACGCCGUGGACGGCAGACACAAUCUGUUUAAGAGUCUCAGUGACUCAGAUCUGACAGCUGAAGCUCAAAGCACCUGUACGGAGCGAACGCAGGAGGAGGAUCCAGAGGCCGAGGCCGACAAAGCUACACAGUGUCCUGCUAAUGAACGGGAGGAGACGGAGAGCAGCGAUGACAGCGCCACACAGUAUUCCAUUCACCCGCCUCUGGACUUCCCAUACUUCCUGCUUCUGCAGGGCUUCAGUUACAGACAGGAUUUUGUCAUCUAUGCCCUGAUCAAUACCUGCACGGUAUUCGGACGCCACGUUGAACAAGCUCACAAUGAGACUGAGAGUGAUGCCGAUCGCAUGAAUCUCUGGGCUCCUGAUCUUCUGCCCGAUCACUGCAGAGUCACUCGGGGGUCAGCGGUCGGACGGUCCGGGGCCGAGACCCGACUGAAACCCCUCAACAGAGCAAAGGUCAAGAGGAACGGAGCCGUCAUCAAGCACGAGGUGGAGCUGCAGUCAGGAGACGUCAUCGCACUGGGCGAUCAUUACCUCUUCAUGUAUAAAGACCCCACCUGUCCAAAGGUCGCGACCCCUGCAGAAGCGGCUCAGACGAGCAGACGGCCUCCUCUCUGUAAAUCGUGCGUGAGAGCGAGAGCCUGCUUCAGAGACGUGGAUGGAGCAGAGCUGCUUCUGCCGUAUGACGUGGAGCAUGAGUCCAGGGUCCUGAAGGAGAUCUUCAGCGUGGUGGAGCGGGAUCCGGCCGCACACAAACUGACCGCGGCCUUCCUGCUGUGUUUGUGUCUCCAGCAGUCCGCCGCUCACUUCUCAAUGCCGGCUCUCCGGCGGCUGCUGCUACAGAUGGCCAACGAGCUGCAGACCAUCGUAUGGGAAAAGGCAAAGGAACUCGCAGCUUUGCAGCCUGAAAUAAGUGAGCCAGACGCGGCAGACUGGCCGUCUGGUGCUGACAGACUGAUCCGAGGCCUGGAGCCGCUGGUCCUCUGGAUGUCCAACUCCGUCCAGAUCCUUCACUUCAUCCACCAGGAGGUUCCUCGUCUGCUGCACGGAGUCUCUCAGGAGGAGGAGGAGGAGGAGGAAGACUGCAUUGCGGUGCUGGAGCUGCGGCUCUCCUCCGUGCGCUCGGCCAGUGAGGAGGCCAUGACGGUCCUGGAGGAGGUCCUGAUGUUCACCUUCCAGCAGUGUGUCUACUAUCUCACCAAGAUGCUGUACCCGCUUCUCCCCGGCAGCGUGGCGUGUGCCCAGUCGAGUCUGCGUCUGCUCCCGAGCGUUCCAGCGUGCCAUCCCGGACAUCCAAGCGCAGACGCAGCUACUUAUCCUAACUCUUUCUUCGUCCUCAACGCUCGCUCACGGCGGCAUGAUGUUCAGGGUUUCUCUAAUUCUCAUGUGAUGCUCCUCUCGUGUGAAGGGUCCGGAGGAGCGUUUUACUGCUGGUCCCGUGGAGUCCAGGUCAGGGCCAAUCUGGAUCUGCUGAUGGACUGGGCUCACGGAGCCGGACUCGCGGAUCUGGCUCACACUUACCUUCUCGGGCUUUAAUGUGGUGGAUAUGCUGGACAGGAAGAAGUUCUGCAGAUGUCGUGGAAGGCUCUGCGGAUGGAGUUCCCGUCUCUGAACGCGGCUCAGCUCCAUCACAUACUGAGAGAGUACGAGCCACGGCGCUCCUGUCCCGCAGCGUGGACGCCCUCCGGCGACGAGGACGAGGCGCUCGCAACCGCUGACCUCCUGGAGAGCUUCGAUCAGCAUCCUCCUCUCAUCCUCCCUGCAGACGGCUUCAUACUGCAGCUGAGAAGAGCAGUCAGUGACACGCAGCUCAUUACACAGCUGCAGCGCUUUCAGAGAUUCAUCAGAACCAUCACAGACCCACAGUCAGACCCACAUAGCAGGAACACAUUCCAGCAGUGA